AUGGACGAGCUCCUUCACCAUUGUCUGCGUGAGCUCUCCUUUGAUGGAGAUCUUGGUUGCAACGUUUCUCGCUUGAGAGACUUCGUUGUUGGGUUUUAUUCUCAGUCUGGUGUACCACAUACACAAAAUCCAGACGACGCCUUCUGCGCUUUUGUGUGGUCAUUAAUAGUACAGCAGCCAACGGUUUUAGUUGGCACGAUCUCGUUAGGCGACUCCUCGGACAUCUGGGUAGCGCCUCAGACUAGCGCGAAGCGCAAAGCAAGAGCAAGAGGUGAAGACCACGUGGAUACAAUACCUCCAAAGUUGGAUCCUGUACCCGCCGCCAAAGAUACUGCCCUUGAUGAGCUUCAAAGACUUCACGGAGAUCGUUUAAGAAUUGCUGUCGAGCCGGAUGCGAUAUUUGCGGCAAUAACUGGCUCCCACAUCAGAGUAAACUUUCCCUUGACGAGGCUUUCCCGCCUCACAUUUCUAAUAUCCAUGUCACAGUCCUCUAAAAUGAGCCCGAUGGUGUACUCGGCCCUCCAAAUUAUCACGCAGGGCCGUGACAAUGGAGUAACCGUCGUUGAACUUGGCCGAAAAUCCAAAUAUGAUCAAAAGACAUGUUUUUAUCUUGUCAGACAAUUGACCGAGUUAGAUCUCGUUGUGAAGGUCAGGCGCGGCGGCGUCGGCACUCACUUCUGUAUCCACAAAUAUUUCUUCGACCGCGAUCCAUCGUGGAAGGCUAUUCGGGACGAAGAAACCCUAGCUGAGGAUCUACAGAAAAAUGGAAACGAUACAGCCGUCUUGGAUGAAGAAGAGGCCGGCGUAAAUGCCACGGCGCUCAAAUUUACACCAAUUGACGCACGCCACCUUUCAAGUCUACCUCUUAUCAGCGCUCGCGUCGUUAAAUUAUUAAAAGCCUCCAAGAAUUUUAUCCAUGCAUCUAAUAAUAUGUUGAUAACGCUCGGGUUUUCUAAUCCGACUAAAACCGACCGCCGCUUUUUUCAGAGUCGGAUCCGCGAAAUGAUCCAACAACGACUUAUCGAGAAAGUUGUUGUUCCAAGCAACAGGAAAAAAUCCGUAAACGCAUCCGUGAAGUGCUUUCGUUUGGUGACUACCGGCGAUCUGGAAAACCAUGGGGCAGUUGUUGAUGAAGACGAUGAGGACGAUCCUUUGCUAGAUGGCCAAAAUGGGAUCAAAAUGAAUAUUACGAUUCACAAACAAAUUAUAGACCUAAUAGAAGAGUCUGGGAUCACUGGGAUGACUUUGAACGAACUCUCAGCCGCCCUAUGUAAUUUUGAUAAACGCACGAUUGAACUCCUCUUGGCUCGCGCAGAAAAAUAUCAUCCCCCACCUCACUUGAGUGACCUGGGCAUCGCAGCGCUGAUGGAAACUAGUGGCCGUGAGCGGCGUCACAGAUACUACACUGUCGCAUGCUACCGAAAGCUGGUAUCCAACGAGCAAUUGGACAAAUCCUCCGCAGGUUACGGGGACGUUGACCUCAGAACUGUUGGGGGAUUUUACGCUUUCGACACAAAGAUUUUUUAUGAAUCGGAAAGCGAACUUUUUAAUUAUCAAGAUUCCUUCAAGGACGAAAAAACCCGAAGCAGAAACCCAGUGAGGAGGCCGCCAAAAAAUCCCAUCUUACCAGACGGCAGCGUAAAACAGGGCAGGCCGCGAAAACAUCCUAUAGAAGUUGAACCGGGAAGUACAGCUAACGGUCAACAGACAUCAAGGAAACGAAAGGCGGCACAACUAUCCCAUCCUGAUCCCCUUGAAAACGACGAUGUAAUCCGGGAGACCGCCAACAAGAGAAGACGGCUCAUAUCAAACCAAGCUAAUGACUCUAAAGAUGAAACUUCACCAGUGCAGCCCAAAAGACGGGGCCGCCCCCCCAAAUUGAAGGUGGACACUGUCACAAUUGCUGAAAAAGGACAGCGUCGUGGGCGGCCGCCCAAACGAAAGAAGUCAGUUGAACCAGAUGUUGAAACUUCGGUGAAGAAAAGACGGGGGCGUCCGCCGAAAGCCACACGAGAUGCACAGCGACAUAGAUCGCCUGAUACCGCCGAUGACCCAGUUGAAGCAAUUGAUCGGCUCCAGAUCAAUUUGGAAGACCCCAACAAGCCGUCUCUGCCUGAAUUGGUUGCCACAACGCCAGAAACACAUCCAUUCGAGCUCAACCUCGAACCUCAUAGGGAAAAGAUGACACCUAUUUUUACAGUCCCGUCCAAUGUCGAGUCUUUCUGUGGUAUUAAUCCUCACCAGUUGGAUAAUUGUACCCAAGAGCCACUGAGUGGCGACUCUAUCAAUGGUACUCUGGAUGGCUCGAACAUAUCCCACAUUACUAGUACAAGCCUGGCAUUACCUGAUUUAGGGCGUCGUGUCCUCACAGUUGAAGCAGAUGUAUUGACAUCGGCCUCUUAUGCUCCAUCCAACGCGGACAAGGCGGGCGAAGCGAGUCUUGGUCAAGCAUCAGAAGCUUUGGCUGGGGCGGUCUCUACAGGAUCAUCCAAGGAAAAGUCCAGCUCAGCCUCACGCUCCCGCGUCAAUGUUUCACACCUUCGCCGAGAAAACGAGCUUUAUCGCGUCGUUGAAGAUUUUGGUGGGAUAAUCAACAUCCAGACGAAGGAAUUUUUUGAAGCCCACAUGAACCUUCUUGAAACACUUUCGAAAGCUGGGGAACCAACCAGCGCACCAAUCGGCACUAGGACCGAUAAACGAACGGCGACUGCAACAUUCAACAGUUUGGAGAUGAAAGGCAGAGUCAAGCAGCUCCGGACAUCUGUCACAACACACACAGGAGUUAAUCGGCCAGCUUGCAUCGUUUACCUCCCACACAUCGAUCAUGGCAAAUUGAACGCCUUUCUUGCAGAUUUGGCACGGGGGACCCAGCCAACUCCUCCGCAACUUGGGACAUUCGUGAAAUUUGACCAACCCGUUGAAUACGGCGCAGACCCUUCUUCCACUAUUCGUAACGCUUUGCCUCUUCAACUACUACAGAUGGAACAACCGGGCGACAGCAAGGAGAGGUGGAGCAAGAACGUUGCCAGAGCUAGCCAGCUCUUCACGUAUGAUGAUUCCACCAUUCGAGAGGUUCUGCUUGCUGAAAGGACAACGCUGGGGCAGCUAUAUGGAUUCAUUGUUGGGAAAAUCAUUCGGGCGCGUGAGCUACAUCUUUCCGUCCUGAGUGCCUUUGAGACAGGAAGCCCUUGCCGUAACGUCAUUUCUUGCGAGGGAAGAAUUAUCGACCUGGCCUUCUUUUGUCACGAUCUGCCGCUCAGUCUCUACACUUCACUGGUAUCCUCUUUAUCGCAUGAUGAUGAACUCACUGCCUUUUUUGGAACUGAAGAGGGUCGACAGACGCCUGUUCGAGACCUUCCACAGCAUCUGCACUCAAUCCUGCAAAUUGGACGAUCACGAGCCCGUUCACGCUUUCUAGAUAUCCUAGAAACUCUCAGGUGUCUGCAGUUGGUGACACCUCUGCAAUUAUCCACGGCAAGCGUUCCAUGGAUAACAUGUCCACCUAAUGGAGAUCACCCAACGAAGUUUGAUCCAGCUUCUCUCGAUGGCUGGACAAUCAACACUCCAAUGUCUGCGCCUGCAUAUUGGUACUUCAGCGACCUUGCACCCAUCCACUUGUGGGCCGUUUCAGAAACCCAACCUCCUUUCUGGAAGGAUACUUCCGUUGGCACCGCUGCGGAUGGUUUGAACUAUUGGGAGUCUCUGCGAGAAGCAUGUAUUAACCCGCUUAUCCCUGUCAACGCAAACGUUAGCAGUAAAUUAGACCCUUUGAAUCCGAGCAUCAGUGUGGCACGUUCUCUGCGCCGUACAGUUUCGUGGAACCCCGAUUAUAUCCUCACUUGGCAUCAAAUGCAAUACCUAAAACGAUUUAUAGAUGUAGCAUCAGGGAAAACUCCUCUGCAGGAAGAUGAGGACACUUCCACGAGUCAAAUCGAAAGGAUCUGCAGGGUUAUCAGCGCACCACGCUCAACGAUCGAAAAUUAUUUCCGUGCAAGUCGCGUCAAAUUACUCGGCGACUUGGAACGGAUGCGCCGGAAGGUCAAAGAACGGAAAACUGAAAAGCGAUCUCGACGUGCCGCAGAGACCAAGGUGUCCCUGGCGAGAAAGGCGGAGGAGGCUAGAUUGAAUCGAGAGCAGGAGUGGAACAUGUUACUCUUGCGUGUGCACCCCGACGCUCUGGGUCCAGCGACUGUCCGUGUCGAUCGGGUACGCAAUCGCUUUCUACAGACUGGUUCAACCAAAGAUAUUGAAAAGUGGGAAAAACAAAUUAACGACGCUGUACGGGAGGCAGGGGUAGUCGCAAUGAAGACCUUGAAGACCUCUGCCAAACGAAACUCGACGGACAAACACAUCCUUCCCAUGAUAUUGCGGGAUUCCCAUCCACAAGUAAUCGAAGUUCCCUGUCCGUCUAUCAAGACUUUGAUAGAACAGCAAGGGCCACCCAUACUACAUCAGAAGGAAGGUGCAAAAAGAAAGCGAAAAUCGAGCGCUAUCAACGAAGACCCAAGGGCGCCCGAUGCUCAAAAAAAGUCUACUCGACGGCACCGAUUUCAAUGGUCUCGGGACUAUGAUGAGCUUGCGAGGGAUGCCUCUGCCAUCAUUCGAGCCCGUUGCCGAGGUUUACCAAGGCUCGAUUGGGCCGCCUUCGAACAAGUUUUUCCUGCAGUGCCUCGCAACACUGUGCGGCAGCGUUUGUCUCACAUAAAGGAGACGCCUGGAAAUGAAGCGUAUCUGCGCCGGUUGGAAGAAAGAUGGUACGAUUUGUGGAUCAAGCACAGAGGGACCAGCAUUCUUCCAGACGAGUACCUUGAGAGUACGUCGAAUUUCAAUUUAGUGAAACACGUGGAGUUCCUUCGAGCUCACGUCGAUAAAAAUGCUUUACGGGUCGGCUUGGCUGAACCAAAAGAGAAAGCUGGUAUUCUUGUCCCACUGAGCAUUGAGCGGCUGCUCGACGAGUUCGAAGUAGUUGAAACAACACCAGCCGCACCUUCGUGGGAUUUCGUCUGGAAUGCUGCCGUCGAGGAAGGUCGUGAGAAGCGUCUCUUGAGACAACCUUUCACGAGGGAACCCGGAGAGUUUCCUCCUCGUAGCAUGUGCGAGGAAGAGGAUAUAUUUCUCGCCGAAUCCACUUUGAAGAUGGCGAUGGGUACUCCCCCUGAGCGUUAUGACUCUGAGUCCGCCUCGCUUCUGCUCCGCAGCGCUGGGGAAGAUGCUGUCGCUACUGCGAUCAAGAACCUUCUCGGCAAGGGUGUCUUGUCGAAAUCUCAACGCGAUCCUACAAAGCAAAAACCUGGGAGGCAACUCAAAAUAUCGGAGAGCAAUCAGAAUGCAAUUGGUGGAGUUAUAUCCUGCGACACCUACCAGGAUGCUGCAUCAUUGGUGGAGGCAGUUACUACAAAUGUGGUCACAUGGCGAGAAUGGCCCCUCACAGCCACCGACGGAGAUUGUGCCGCCCUCAUACAACUCGUGUCCGAAAACCAGGUUGAUUUCAAGGUUGAUACCUCUCAACCAAGGGCCGCACGUCCGAUGCUGGAUUGGAAUAGCAAAAAAGCUGGUUUGUGCGCUACAAUUGUCAACGAGGCGGUUACUUACAAAAGAAUUUGA